UCCCAACCUAUCACCGUUAUAAUUGGUUACAAUGGUACUGGACAUGAUAUCAUAUAUACAUAUAUAUCAUAGAUAAUGUGCCCUAAUACGAUAAUUUAUAAUAUAAAUAGAUCGAACCAUCUGACAGCUAAGACAAUCAUUUUUGUACUACAUUACUAACAAUACAGAAAUAAAGGACUCACAACAGCUCACAAAUCCCCAAGGAUCUGUAGCACACAGUUUGAGAAACACUGUUAUAAUGUAUCUGCUAUAGUUCAAUGAGGAGCUGCUAUCAGCCGCUAUAUUUACGCCUAUCAGCUGUGGAAUGACAGGUGGAAUAAAAAAUGGCUGAAAAUGGGUUGGGGUCCGAUGCUGGGUCUCAAGAAUACCUCGCAACAGAGGUUAUUAAUUUAGAUAUCGAAGAGUUGGACAACACAGAAUAUGCUAUACCUGCUGUGGAAGAACUACCCUCCUUAGAAAGUAUAUUGACAGAACCUGACUGUGCAUCAUUAUCUGGAACAGACGAUGAUAUUGGUUUGACACCUGGUGAAAAGUUAGGUAGCAGUGAAACAACAAGUGUUGGGAGUCAUUUGUCAUUAAACUCUUUGAAUAAACCAAAUAGAAAUUCACAACCAACAUCUUCUGGUGCUAUCUUGAGGCAUGUCAUAUUGAAAGGAAUAUCUUCGCAAAUUGUAUCAGCUAGUGAAAAAGUCAAUGCUGGUUUUGCAAGUGCAGUUGCUGCUGGAGGGAAUAUGUUAGUAGUUGGUACCAGUCAUGGUCUGGUAUUAGGCUUUGAUUCUUUACAAACAUUACGAUGGUGCGAUCAAGAAACAAGACAUCAGGGAUCUGUAUCAGCAUUAUGUUUUAAUUUUGAUGGGAGUAGAGUACUGGCUGGUUUUGCUAGAGGACAUAUAUUAAUGAUAGAUAGUUCUAAUGGAAAAGUACUAAGGACACUCACCGAUGUUCACCCUUUCGAUAAUGCUGUAUUACAUGUUAAAUUCACAGAUUCACCAAAAGUAGCAUUAUGUAGUGACAGUGGUGGAUCUGUUUUCGAAUUAAAUUUUACAAGAGUUAUGGGAGUACGUGGUUGCGACAGCAGAUGUUUAUUUAGUGGGUCCAAAGGUGAAGUAUGCACAUUAGAACCUUUGCUAUUAAAUCAUCUGCCGUCACACCCCCUGAAAAAUUAUACGUUAGUGGCGAUGGCAACAUUAUCACAGGUAAUGGUAGUUUGCACAAGGCCACGAACACGCGUUGUAUUAAUUCAUCCUUUAUCUAGUGCUCCCGUAGCACCGCCACAAUUAUCCUGGCAACUUGUUGUUAUACAAGCAGCAGAUGCUUCUCGUGUAAUUGAUCCAGUUUUGGCUCUUGCAAGAGAUGAUGUAGUCUAUUUCUAUCACGUAUGCACAGAAGCUGGUUCAAGAGUAAAACUAUUUCCUCUAAGGAGGAUAACUCUUCCGUAUACAAUAAGUAAUUUGCGAUGGUUAAAUCCAAGAUCGUUAGCAGUAUUGGAUACUCAAGAAAGACUACAUCUAUUAGAUGUUAGAGCGCAGGAUAAUUUAGAAACUCUAGAUAUGAGCCGUGUUGGUAUUUCGUAUGCAUCUAGCCAUUUCAAGGGUUUAUCCACUGGUGGAAAUGUUUCAAAGGCAAUGGCAUUGGCUGGCGAACGAGCAUGCUAUAAUACUGUUGUAACAUUUGGUACUCAACUUUUACUCUUAGGUACAAAAAGUUUGCAUGUAGUUUGCAUACGAACAUGGACAGAACGAUUGAGACACUUAACAAUGCAGAGAAGAUUUCCAGAAGCACUAGCGUUAGGAUUUGCUUUCUACCAAGACAAAGGGAAAGCAGUCGUUGGUCUUCGUGGUUCAAAACAACGACGUAAACAAAUAGCUCGUGAUAAAGUAUGUCAAGUUUUGAUUCAAUAUAUGGAAGAAUUGAAUCGUUGCCCUGCGGAUGAAACUGCAGACUCUGAAAUAGUCACAACUUGUGUAGAUUAUUGUAUACAAUUAGAAAAUACAGAAUUAUUAUUUGGAAAGUUAUGGGACCUAGUUUCGGAAUCCGAGGGACUUAAAGCAAGUUAUUUGCACGCUCUUGAAAGCCCUUUGUUAGAUGGGAGUUUACGACCUCGAUUACCGCCAUUAAUUGCUCAACAUUUAGUUACUCUUUACGAUCAAGAGAAAAAAGUAGAUUCCCUUCAAGCGAUUAUAGUGUUACUAGAUGUGGAUUGCUUAGAUAUUCAUCAAGUAACAACAAUUUGUCGUCAACGAGGUCUUUGGGGGGCUUUAAUACAUCUUCAGACGACAGCAUUAGGUGAUUUUACCGCUCCGAUUCAUCAAUUAGUACCAAUUUUACAAAAUUUACUGACAAAUUCAAAAGAUUCAUUAUCUCGGGAUAGUAUACAACUUGGUAAUGCGAUUCUGGUUUAUGCUAGUUGUUGCCUUGCCGGUCGUGGCUUUCCUAGAGAUGAACUUCCAGAAGGCAAGUCUCAAAGAGCAAAAUCGGAUGUGUUAAGGGCUCUUCUAUCACAGCAUUCAACCUUAGCUAAUGAUACGGAGAGACAAUAUCCGUAUCUAAGGACUUUGCUUCAAUUUGAUGCAAAAGGGUUCCUUGAUGUAAUAGCAAUUGCCUUUCAAGAACCAGAAUUCACAUCUGAAAUGGGUCUCAGACAGCGACAGAGACUUAUAGAUAUACUAUUAAGUAUUGUCAUGCCUAACACACCACUUAGUCCGAAGAACACUGAUUAUAUUACCGAUGAACAAAGAAAUCUAGUUCUUAUAUUCGUCGCUAAUGAAGUUGCAGAAAAUACUGUUAACUUGGAACCUAGUAUGAUAAAUAAAAUGAUAGAAAUAUUAUGUACUGAUUCAAAUAUGGGAUCAACAAAAGAGCUUAAGACUGAUAAAGAAAAUGCAAUACUAGGAUUGUUACGUUCAAAAAAAUUACGUAAUAUAUCAGAUAAUACUCUACUUAAUUUAGCAGAGAGAGCUAAGUUUAUGCGAGUUGCGGAGUUGUUGUACAGUGCAAGAGAAGAUUGGAUUGCAGUCUGUAAAUGUAUGAUACUGCAUCCAUCCAGACAUCAUGAUAUUUGGCCUUGGUUAAAACACCUUCCUCAAAGUUCAUUGCAAGCAGUCGUAAUGGCUAAUGCUGAAGCUCUAGUAGGAAUCAAUGCAAAUCAAUUUGCUAUGCUUAUAGGAACACAUAUGCAAAAUAAAAUUAAUGAAACAUUACAAAAGCUAGAGAACACUCCAAAUAUACAGUAUACUCUAUUAGAUGCACUAUAUCAAUUAGUCCAAUAUAAAGAAGAGGAUGUCUCAUUGGAGCUUACAGCUGAAUUGUUAGAGAAAUAUUUGGAAUUAAUGUGUGAAUUACAACCAGAACGUGUAGUUUACCAUAUUCAAGCAGGUCAUGGUUGCAGACUAAAUGAAGCGUUGAAAAUAGUUCAAAAAGCAAAUCAUAAAGAUGCUGAAGCAGUUAUGUUAGAAAAGUUGGGUAAUUAUCAAGAUGCAUUUGAUAUUCUUUUGAAAGAAUUUCAAAAUAAUCUUGAGCUGUAUUGUCAGAACAAGGUUUCAGAAAAUGAAACAAUUCAUAGUACAGUACAGCUUGCUGGUUUGUGUAGGCGAUCUGCUGGAAAUUUAGAUUGGAUGCCGCUUAUGGAAAUAAUACUUCGAACACACUCAAAUAGUAACAAUGAGAAAAUUGAAAAAUUAAGCGGGAAAUUAUUAAGGAUUGCAUUAGAAUAUCUCAGUGGUACAACAGCAUUAUCAACAGUAUUAGAACAGAUAUUAAAGCAUCCAUUGGCAACCAGUGGAACAAUAGGUGAUAUAAGACAGCUAUUAUCUGGAGUACUUACACAUUCUCGAUAUGAACAAACUUUGGUUGAGACUACUGCACGUUUGGUCAGCUUAGAACUUCAUAAGGCACUAAAAAAAUCAUUAAGAGAUGCUGGAAAAGCUUGUGCCAGUAUGUCAAUAAUUUGUCCUAUAUGUCGACAAUUGUUGUCACAAAGUUCAGAUUACAUUGUAGUGUUCAGUUGUGGCCAUGGCUUUCAUUCAGAAUGUUUGGGAGAACCUAAAUCUUGUUAUAAAUGUUUAAAUUCGAAGGGAUGGGCACCUGUUGUUACUAAUGUCACACAUCCUCCCAAAACAUUCAAUGCAUAUAAAGAAAUUCUACCACCGGCAUUUAUGCGUAAUAAAGACCUUUCUCUAAGUCUUGCGCCACCUACUUUACCAGAUCUUGAAGGUAUUUUUUAAUCUAGUCUUUAAAUAUCAAAAUUCAGUAUCACAUUUAUCAGUGGUAUGUAGCAUUCUAAUAGCAAAAAUGACUGUGUCUUAUACAUGUACAUUAUACUAGAUCUCUAACUUUCAUUCCAUGAACUUUACAUUGUUCUCUUUUCCUAUUCCAUAUACAAAAUUAAAUUCUUAUAAUUUUUAAUGGAACUCUCUUUUAUAUAAUUGCGAGAGUACACCAUUUUAUCAUAUUUCCACCAAUUUGUUGAACUUGAUAUUUAAAUAAUAUUUUUUUCCUUGGCAAGACUCAAAUGUUGUAUGUUUGUAUAUUGUAAAGUAAUAUACUUAAUAUUGUGUAUAGUAUCAAAUAAGGACUUGUAUACUUUUAAUGCUGUAAAUUCUAUUCGCCCAAUUUACAGCAUUUUGCCAAAUAUCAGUCAUUAAGUAAAUAAAGAUAUUCAUUAAGUAAAUAAAGGUAUUAUUAUUCAUUAUUAAUAAUUGUGUACAUUGUCCUCAAUUUAAUGUUUUAUAUGGGAAACUUUCAAAUAAUAAACAAUCUGUUGAAAUUACUA